AUGUAUAUGUGGUGGGAUAGUGCGUCGCAGGCUUCCGCUCUUGCAAAGCCUCUAAGUCAACCCCUUGCUACCGCUCCCACAGUAGCCGGAGCAAAUGCGCCAGCCAUACCUUGGAGACGUUCUGGUGUGCGACAUACCUCAAAUGAGCUGUAUGUUGACAUAGUCGAGUCUUUAUCAGUUAUAUUUGCCCCCUCUGGCAGGCCAAUAUCAGCACUGGUACAUGGUACCAUAGUAUUCACAGCAAAGAUAUCAGGAGUGCCAGAUUUGCUUCUUUCCCUAAGUGCUCCUGGGGGUCAAAGAAGUCUUGCGCAUAAGAUUGAAUUACCUGUGUUUCAUCCUUGUGUCCGUCUGGCACGUUGGAGAGAAAAGCCAGGCGAGCUAAGCUUCGUGCCCCCUGAUGGGCGGUUUAUAUUAGGGGGAUACGAAGUCAACCUGCUCCCUGUUAAUCCUGAGGAUGACAAUCCGCCUGCCCAUAUGGAAAGGCUAUUCCUUCCUGCUACAGUGGAUAUUAAGAAAGGCCUUGGUCCUACAGGAUCAAAUUUUGAAGUGCGACUAACAUUAAAUAACAGUUUUCCAGGGACUUCCUCAAGGAGCGGAGGAGGUGGAGCUGGUAUAGGUGGGAAUGGGGGAAUGGGGAACUCGAUAGGUCGUGGAUCUGGAACAUCAACCCCUUCUUUCUUAACUAUCGGCGGUAGCUCGUCGUCUCCGAGCCUAGAUGAUGUAGUGGUGACAGUUCCCAUACCACCAUCGGUGCGGAACAUUACUGAUAUCCAGCCGAGUCGGGGAGAAGCGACCUUUAUGCCAGGAAACGAAUCUUUAGAAUGGCGCGUGCCUACCAGAGAGAAGGACGGGUCAAUCUCUGGCACAGCCACGCUAAAAGGAACCAUACUCGGACCCCUUCAUGAGCUUGAUGAUGACGAAAUAGUUGAUGGAGAUGGUGAAGAUCGUACUCGACGAUUAACUUCGAACCCUCUCAGAGGAUAUUAUGACGAGACCUUAACUGGGGGCGCAAGCUAUCAAGAUUCAGGGGCAACGAUAGAUGAUACUACCCAACCGGAGAAGACUGAAGGUCUAUCACCAACAGUCAAACAAAUGCGGAAAAAGCAGGCCAAUGCCUUAUUAAUGCCCUCAUCGGCCUCGGUAUCGUUUUCUGUGCGCGGCUGGCUACCCAGUGGUAUACGUGUUGACUCUUUGACUGUUGACUCUCGAAGAAGUCGAGGUUUAGGCGAAGGGGUCAAGCCCUACAAGGGUGUCAAAUAUAUCUGCGUGAGCAGGCAAGGGGUUGAGACUAGGUGUUGA